AUGACACAUUUUGAAAUUGAAAUGCCAGGAGGAUUUGUGCAUAAAACUACUGAGCGAAAAUAUCCAAUUUUAAGACCCAGAUCUGUACCAUCAAUUUUUCCUAACCUCCCUAAAUAUUUAACUUCGUCAAAACAAAAAAGAUCAGCACCAAAACCACGUGUCUCAAUUCCAACUAAAAUUAAAAAAACUGUAUCAGUUAAUCAACAUGACGAAGCUAUAACACAAAAUCCUGAAUUACAAACAAUGGGCCUUACAGAAAUAAACAAAACUGAAACAUCUUUGUCAACAGAAAUUAUGCUAGAACAUAAUUAUGCUAGUUUACAAGAUGAGUUUACAAUCGAAAAUUUACAUAAUAUUGCUAACAAAAUUAUGUUACCAGGAAAUAUGUGGGGAAUACAUCAAAUUCCAGGAAAAUGUACAGUAUUUACCCACAUAAAUGACAAUUUUGAAAAUGAUAAAAUUGUUUAUUUUUCUACAACUUGUUUACCAAAUGUAUUAUUGCUUCAAAAAUCCAUGUAUUUUCCUAUAGUGAAGAGUUAUGAAGGACUCCAAAAUCUGUUGAAUGAUAUCCAUAAUCUGGUAAUUUGUAUUGGUAGUAAUGAUGGUGGAAAAAGGUCUUCAGAAUGCUUGGGUAGCUUACCUUCAAAUAAUAUAAACACAAAAAUUAAAAGAUGUCCUAAGUGUAGUGAAGUAAGGCGAAAAAUGCAAAAAACCAAACAUACUAAUAUUCAACUACGAAAAAAAUCUAAAUCUUAUAGACAUAAUGCAAGAACAAAACAAAAUAAACGUCUCAAAAUCAAGAAUUCUACUGGUUGUUUACUCCUCGAUGAAAUGAAAAUAUCAGAAGCUUUAUCAUUUCAAAGGUCUAAUUUGAAAAUUGAGGGUUUUGUAAACUUAGGAGACUAUACUUCUGAAAAUGAUCGAAAUAAGUUAGGUGACCAUGCUUUAGUAUUGUUAUUUCAACCAUUUUGUGGGAAAUGGUUUCAAACUUUGGGAGCUUUUCUUGGAUCUGGAGCAGUUUCUGGAAAAAUAUUAGAAAAACUUAUUUUGGAAGCAGUGAUUUUAUUAGAAAAUCAAAAUAUACAUGUUGAUGUGGUGACAACUUGUUGUAUUCUAGUAUUCUACUAUUAG